AGGAGGAGGAAGAGAAGGAGGAGGAACAGAAGAAGAAGAAGUGUGAACAGUUCUUUCUGUACCUUCGACUCCUCUCCUUUGGUUGGCGCUGAAUCACUGCUAAAUCGGUUUAUUUCUGUGGUUAAAGAGGAACAUAUACAUGGUCAUAUGACCACAGGGACCACUUGUGUUUACAUUCUGCCUUACUGUACGCCGAAAUAAAAUAACUGCGAGCUAACAGCAAAAUGACCAAGCUGCAGGUCAUCAACACGUUUCUGACGGAGCGCUUAAUGGCGACGCUGAAUGAAAUCAUGGACAUGAUCGGCGGGACUGUCCUGCAGUAUGAAAAAGAGCUGGACAGCGUGCAGAAGGACAACGAGUAUCUGAGACGGAGACUGAAGGAGAUUGAGAAACUCGUCGAGUCAAACGGUCCAGCUAUUUCAAACCCUGCCCCAUCAUCUCCACCACCGCAUCUAAAGUGGACUUCUAGCAUUGAAACUGAAACCAUGCCUACAGAGAUCUAUCAGGAUCAGAACCAGGUACAAACCGAACAGCUCUCCAGCACAAAAGUAGAAGAGUUCUCCAACCAUGCUCUUCUGGUGACCGAAUCAGACAUCGAUAUACCUCGUCUCCAGUCACCAAACACACUGGCUCACACAGAUAAGGACUUUGAAACAUCACCUUUAAACGAAUUUCCUUGUGGUGUAAAAGCAGAGCCUUUUGAAAGUCUCGAUUCACAGUCCACCGAUGCUAACACAUCCGUCUACAGUCCAUUAGCUCAUUGCACUGCUCAGUUACCAGCUACUACCGAUAUUAACCACAAGUCUGAUCCUAAAGUGUUCAGUAUAUCGAAUUCCACUGAUCUACAAUCAGCUAAACGUAUGAAGCUAAAGGCUAAAACCGUGCAAGUAUCCCUCAGUAAAAUAAGCCAAAAUGUGUUAAAGACCUCUUGUCCUGUAUCAGGCGUAGCCCAUGUCAACUACAACACCGCUCAUCAAAACACAGACUCAAGAUCGGUCAGGAACGACACUAUUAGCGGCAACUCUCAUCUUGGUAUAGCUAACGUUGCAGUCAACCCCCUACGUCACGCGUCGUUCAGCAGUGAGGUCAGGCAGGGUAUGGGAAGAGGACGGGGACGAGGAAGAGUCAAAGUUCCUGGGACACACACAUGCCCACAGUGUGGAAAACUAUUCCGCCAUCAUUCACGGCUAAAAGUGCACAUGCUCAUUCACACAGGGGAGAAGCCGUACGCUUGCGCGCAGUGUGGGAAACGCUUCAACAAUGAUGGGACGUUGAGGAACCACAGCCGCGUGCAUCUGCGGCUCCGCCUGUUUGACUGUCCUGUGUGUGCACGUAGCUUUAAGGAUGCCUACACCUGUCGAAAUCACAUGCGUGUUCAUAAUAGGUGAGGCAAUGGUGUUUCUGCCUCAGCAGCCAAAUUAAACGGAUCUUAAGCUACAGGAAAGACUCAUGGGAGGGUUUCCCUGGUGAUCGUGACAUGUGCUUUGCUGGAUAAUAGAGACAUCUAAAAUGUGCCACGCUGGGAGACCCCCGUGGGCAGGAAUGAGAGACGUUGAACAAUAUAACAAGUCACAUGAUGAUCUUCACGUCCACAGAAAACCUUUCGAGUAUAGUGUUUGAUGGUGUUGUUGAAAUUCAUUUCAUGUUGCUGUCGUGUGCCCUGCCAUCACACCAUUAGGAUGCAACAAACAAGUGCCAGUAGUUUUCUGCUGCUUUUAAUAUGCUAAAUUAAAUAGUUUGAUUAGAGAAUUGAUAGUGUGUUUACUCUUUUGGGUUUCUCUAUUAUCAGCAGAUAAUAUUUGCAUCAUAUUUGAAUGAAAGUCCAACCUUCUAAAAACGUUAACUCUAGUCCACCCGAGAAUGAAAGAUUUUGUCAUCAUUUGCUCCAAAGCUGAAUGAUGCUCAUUGUUCUGUGAAUUGUCUAUUUUGAAGUAUUUUGGUUAUCAAGCAGUUUAUGUUCCCAUUGACUUCCAUUGUAUUUU